UAUACGUAAAAAGCAGUCUGAAGAAAUAAUAUAUCUAUAGCUGUUAUUUUGUUGUUGUACCAAAGGCUAUAUAGUCAGCAGCAAUCAGCAUAAUGAGAAGCACGCUUAUUGCGGUGCUGCCGCUGUGCCUGUGUCUCGAUACACAUAUUUAAAUAAAAAACAGUUGCAAACUUACAUUUAGUGCAGUGUAUAACUAAUGUAAAACUACACCAGGUUUCGGGCAGUUUACUUGUGGAAUAAGAUGUGUUUUUGAAUUUUAAAGUUGCUUUUCAACUGCGUUGAUUAAAAUUGAAUUCUUACUUUCUUAAGGAUCGCAAACCAUGAUUUCUUCAGGAAAUAUUCCACGUGGUCCGUACAGGGCUACCAAACUGUGGAAUGAAGUUGUACGCUUGUUUCGUGCUGGCAUGCCAGUUAGAAAGCACCGUUACAUGUUAAAAAGUUUCCCCAACUCAUUCUCCGCUUCUGAGGCUGUGGAUUGGCUACAUAGCUUGCUGCGUGUCAACAAAAACUUUGGUCCAAGCGUUACCCGAACUCAAACAAUCCAGCUACUAAAAAAGUUUCUUAAAAACCACAUCAUUGAAGAUGUGCAUGGAAAGUGGGGGAGUGAGGAUUUCUCUGAUAAUAACCAACUGUUUAGGUUUCACACAGAGCUCUCCCCAUCCAAAAAGUUGAGAACUCCAUUAAAACAAUUAAACAGCGAGAACACGAAUGCUAAUGUUCGUAAAAGUAAAAGUUUCAAGGACGAGAUGUUGCUUGUGAAGGGAGGAAAGAAGAUGAACACCAUGCUGACAACUGGUGUAGCCAAGGAUUUAUUUGCACAGAGUACAGAUACUAUGGGUGUAGGAAAAAUGGAAAACUUGUGGAAGGAUUCUCUGGUUUACCGCUUGAAGAAAGUGCUUCAUCUGGCUGAGAUAAAUGACAUCAUGCCAGACAUACAAGCAGAGCACAUAUCCUAUAACACAGAUAAAGUUGGCCCAUCUGGAGUGGUAACAGUUGAUCCAGCAGACGAUAUACCAUGUUGGAUACUUAGUGCAAUGAAAUGUUUAUCUAACUGGCCACACAGCACUGAUUCUGGCUUGCCCUGUUAUGAAGGGUUUGAGAAAGAUGUGUUCAAGGCCGUUGUUGAUUAUUUUCAUUCUUUCCCUGAACCCCUUCUAACAUUCACAUUCUAUGAGUUGUUUACUACAGUGCUGGUAAGGUGUGAACUACUGGAUGAAAUGUGCACGGGUGCCACUCAUACUGUAGCUGUGCAAGAGAAAGAAAGUCUUGUACGUCGUGAUGAAAUAAGUAAGAUACAUAAGCAACUGAUGCAAGCGCAGAUGAGACACGAAAAUCUUGCUCUUAGAAGAGAGAGGUCCUCCAGAGGGAAGAGGAAGAAGCAGCUUGUUUAUGAUGAAAAUGUUUCAUCUAGUGAGAAAAACAACAACACUUCUUCAAGGUCAAUUUAUAUGAAGAAUCCAGUUCGAUCUGGUUUAACUGGUCGUAACCAGUUUAGAAGCGUGCAGAAUCUUGAUGUACUGAAUGAGGUGGAAAUGGAAACCAUGAACAGCUCAUACAUGAAGCCAUCAUUAAGCCAGCAGUCAAUAUAUGUGAGUAACAACAACAUAAACACUGAGUUUCAUCAAAUAGUGGAGAGUGAGAGUGAGAUGGACAACAAUAACCAAUUCUUGGCCGGUGACUGGGCCACGCCCAAUGAUCCAACCUUAAACGGUGACGUGUUUUCUUCUGUUGAGGAUUUACUCGUCAACAUGUCACAUACCAUGCGUAGUGAACUAGAACUCAAUCUCAUGGCAGAAGAUGCCCCACCUUCUGUGGCUUCUGCACUCGACGGUGCCACGCAAAGAAGCCAUGACUCCUGGCACCCAGGGCCUUCAGCACUUGAUGGUGCCACACAAAGAAGCCGUGACUCCUGGCAGCUGAAGAAGCCACGGUGUUCUAAAGAAGACACGGCACCUCUUUUAGGAGAGGAUUCUUACACCGUGAUGAUGCCACCAGUCACCACAUAUGAAGGCAGAGGUGUUGGUAUGGAUAUGAACUAUAGGAGCUUGCCAAGGAAUAAACAAAUCAAAUGUGUGGACACAUCUCUACAAACCAAACAACCUUACAAGUCUGAGCUUUACAAAUGCAAGUCACAAUCCAGUAUAAUAGCUCGUCGUGAGGUCCCACCUUCACCUGACCCUGCUACACAACCAGCUGAUGUAAACCGGAUAAAAACCAGGUUAAUGCGGUUACCGUACGUAUCAGAAAGUCAGAGUGGAAGUUGUUUAUCUCGACGUAACAGCAUGCAGCAUGUAAGGACUUACGUCAACACUCAACAAUGGAGCAGAUCCCACAACAACUUAUCGCAGCUCCAACCACAGUCGGUUGCCGUUGACGACAGCAAGCGCAACAACAGAAAGAGUUGGUCACAUGACACACCUGUGAAGAGCGUGGCAUCAAAAAUCCGAGAGUUUGAAGUUGAACCAGCUUCACCACUAAGUGAUGCACUAAACCUCGCUAAGCGACAACUAUCUAUUAUAGAAACAAACUCAAAGGAGCAGAAACAUCUUCAGGAAGCUUUCCAACUUUGCCUCCUUCUUCUACCACCUGCUAAUCGGAGAAAACUUCAUCUUUUGCUCCGCAUGAUGACAAAGAUAAUUUCCAACCCUCAUCUUAUUUCAAUUGAUGAUAAAAUUUCUACAAGAGCUUUGCUGGUGGAUAAAUUCACGGAUUGUGUGAUUCGCUCCAGUGAAUGUGAUCCUAUGAGCAGGGACCUCCGUGAAAGAGUUUUCAUCUUCCUCCUUGAUCAUUCAUCAUCUGUAUUCAUCGUUCACGAAGGUUUGAAAACAGAAGUUUUAGAAAAAGAAAAAAAUGUGGAUGUUUCAACCAAGAUUCCUGAAAAACUGACUCAUGAUAAAAGAAAAAAUCUGAAACGUCAAUACACGUUCUGCAAACAGGUUACAAAUGAUGAAUAUGAACGCCAUGUUAGCGAAACUAGACAAGCACUGGUGGAACUACUUAGUGGUAUCGUGUCUAAUCAAAACCUGGAUGUCAAAGAAAAACGGAAGAAACUUAAACAGUUUCAGAAAUCCUACCCUGAGAUAUUCCGGUCUCGUUUCCCUGAUGGAAUGCCACCACUAGAGGUCACCAAACAAAGGAGGCAACCUUUACUCACUGGCGCCCUCAAUAGACUAAGAAAUUUACGAUUUGCAACUCUUAUAAAAAUCUUCAGCACUAUGGUGAUUACAUUACAUUCGUUACCUGCUAGCCCUCCCGGCCGAUGCGUGGUCACCACUCUACACGUUUUGGGGCUUGAGUUUGAAGAGAAACAUAUUAACUCAAUCGCAAAAGAGCACAAGAAGCCAGCGUUCUUGGCGAUGAAUCCACGAGGUUGUUUUCCAGUUUUAACAGAUGGCGACUUUAUAAUCGCAGAAAGCUUCGCGAUCGCCAUGUACCUAUGCAACAAAUAUGAGAAGGGAGAGAACAGACUUUAUCCGCUUCAGCCUGAAGUGAGAGGAAAAGUUGAUCAGCUUUUGUUCGUUGGAAGCGUUUUAUAUGAUGCGGCGCUUCAGUAUUUGAACCUUCUUGGUGUAAUAUACGAUGGUGGGGUAAUGGCGCCAGAAAAGUUACCAGGUGUUUAUCAUGCGCUGGGACUUUGUGAAGCUUUUCUGCAAGGCGACUUCAUGGUUGGUGAUCAUAUUACACUGGCAGAUAUAUUCAUGUCGUGUGGAUUGUAUUUAUUGGAUCUCGUUGACUUUAACGAUUACGGAGCUUACCCGAAAACUGUGGCUUGGUUGAAACGAGUAAGGAAUUGGUCUUAUUUUAAAACAGCGAACGAUGAAGGGAUGAAGGAACUGGAGAAUAUAUAUAGACCACUACUUGCCAAGAACACUCAAAAUAGAUCUUCAUAAAAAAGGAAUUAAAUAUUGUAAAGAUUUUAACUCUUAACCAUUUCUUCAUUCGUGUUAAUGUGCAAUGUGUUAGUUUAUAAAGUUGUAAAUUUGUACAAAAUAUUAAUAC